CAGGAUUGACGUUGCCUUGCCCUCUCCUGUGGGCCAGAGAUCUCCGUAUACCCAGAUGCGGCGCUCUGGAUCCCUGACCUUUCGCUCAAUCGCUUCUUGGCCGGACCGAGGCGAGCCGACUUUACGAGCUCACAGCGGUCACAGGGGUCCACAUAAGACUACUUGUACAUGAAAGAGCGAGACACGAGCUUGGAUCAUAUCGCCCUCGUCAAGACUUCUCUGGCACGUUGAUUCUACCACACGAACAUUUCGCUACAAGCCGCAACAUGCUCGAUCUCGACUCAAUCCUCCCUCAACUCACCCUGGUUGAGAAGAUUUCUCUUCUCACUGGUUCAGAUUUGUGGCAUACUACACCUUUGGAAAGGCUUCAGAUUCCUGCGGUGAGGAUGACAGAUGGUCCGGUCGGAGUGAGAGGUACAGCCUUCUUCGCUGGAAUUGCUAGUAACUGUUAUCCCUGUGCUACGGGUCUCGCUGCGUCUUUCGAUCGGGACUUAGCGCAGGCAUUCGGAGUCUCCAUGGCAGCCGAAUGCAAGGCCAAGGGAGCACACGUCUCUCUCGGACCUACAAUCAAUCUACAUAGGUCUCCGCUAGGAGGACGGGGAUUCGAAUGUAUCAGUGAGGAUCCGGUGCUCUCUGGAGAACUCGCUGCGGGCAUCAUCAAAGGACUGCAAUCGAACGGAGUAGCCGCAUGCCCCAAGCACUAUCUCUGCAACGAGCAGGAAUUUGAAAAGCACCGAAACAGCUCCGAAGUCUCUCAACGGGCGCUACGAGAGCUCUACCUCCGGGCGUUUCAAAUCGCAAUCCGAGAGAGUGACCCUUGGACUCUGAUGACCAGUUACAACAAGGUCAAUGGGUUGCACGUCGGGGAGCAUCCCUUCCUGUUGAAACAGAUCUUGCGGGAAGAAUGGGGAUACGAUGGAAUGGUCGUCAGCGAUUGGUUCGGCACGUUCUCGACCGCUGAAGCCCUCGUCAGCGGAAUGGACCUCGAGAUGCCGGGACCAUCCCUGUUCCGAGGUCAGGCGCUUCGACGAGCUCUGAUAGGAGGCAAGAUUGAUGAGUCUCAUAUCGACGUGGCCGUGCGAAGGGUCUUGGGUUUGGCCAACCGGGCCAUCGAAAGCGGGAUCCCCUUUGAACAAGAAGAAGGCCUCAUCGAUACGCAAGAGGUCCAAGAUUUCUUGAGAAGCACCGCCCAGGCCGCCAUUGUACUGCUCAAGAAUGAGGCCUCGCUACUUCCUCUUCAGCCGAAAAAGAUCCGUCGGCUUGCCGUCGUCGGGCCUAACGCCAAGCUUCAAGUCUUGAGCGGAGGCGGGUCGGCGAGUCUGCGUGCCAUCCGAUCUUCCUCCCCUCUAGAAGGUAUCCUUGCUGCUGCGGAGAAAGAAUCGAUCCAAGUGGAGUAUACCCCAGGCGUCUUUGCCCAUAGAUAUUUGCCACUGGUCAACCCGCUGGUCCGUAGCGCAAGGGGCGGGCAGGGUUAUCUGGACCUUGACUUUUUCGAGACGGAUCCUACGCGGUCGAGCGCAGAAGCUCAAGCUAUUCAUUCACUGAGCGUCGAUACGGCCACCAACUUUAUGUGUGACAACUUGCCCAGCCAUCUUCCCGCACAAUGUUAUAUGCGCGUGUCCACGACGUUCGUCCCGGACAGCUCUGGUGUCUGGGAAUUUGGUCUCGUUGUCGGCGGCCAAGCCACGCUUCUUCUGGACGACCAGCUUGUAGUCUCCAACCUCAUGCCACAGACUGCUGGCGAGCUGUUCUUGCGUAACGGUUCCGUUGAAGAGCGAGGGCAAAUCGAGUUGGAGCAGGGUCGCGAGUACAAGAUGGUCAUGCAGUGGAGCAAUUUCCACCAAACCAACCCUAAGGCGAGCUUCAAGGCGUUUGGAUGUUUCCGUAUCGGUGCAUCACCUCUUAUCGAUCUCGAGGAGGGAAUCGUCAAAGCCAUCGCUCUGGCCAAGGAUUGCGAUGCCGUCAUCGUCUGUGCCGGACUGAAUGAGGAUUAUGAAAGUGAAGGAUUCGAACGACCGGAUAUGAAGCUUCCAGGAAGAACCGACGAACUCGUCGAGCGCGUAUUGGAAGCCAACCCGAACGUCUGUGUUGUCGUGCAGAGCGGUACACCGUGCGAGAUGCCUUGGUCCGACCGGGUACCAUCUAUCGUCCAGGCCUUUUAUGGAGGAAACGCUGGAGGUCUCGCUAUCGGCGAUGUCCUCUUUGGUCACGCCAACCCCAGCGGAAAAUUACCCGUCUCGUUCGCUCAUCGACUCUCGGACAACCCUUCUCACCCUUACUACCCUGGUCCGCACGGCAAAAGUCACUACUACGAAGACGUCUUUAUGGGCUACCGAGGAUUCGCCAUGAGAAAUACACCCGUGCUGGGCUGUUUCGGCCAUGGUCUCAGUUAUACAUCAUUCACCAUCGGCGAGCCUAGGCUGAUCGAUCAGACUAUCGACGUUAACGCUCGAACUAUCGACAUUCAGAUCGAAGUCGAGGUCACCAACACCGGGUCUGAAUACGCUGGUAGCGAAGUCGUCCAGCUUUACGUCAAACCAACCUCGACUACCAAGGUUCCCCGUCCUCUUCGCGAACUGGCCGAUUUCCAGAAGAUCCAUCUUGAACCGGGUGCAACGGGCAAGGUUCGUUUCGCCUUGAAGCGGGACGCGUUCUCGUACUGGUUGUCGGCAAGAGAGACGACGGGAGCGUGGAUGGUCGAUACGGGCAGGUACGAGUUGUUGUUCGGGGUAUCUAGCGAAGAUAUCAAGCAGCGUCUAGCUGUCGAUGUCGACGAGGGUUUCGUUUGGAACGGGUUGUAGUAUUCAUACCUCUCUCACUUGAUGCGCGAUAUCACGAUGUAUUCAAAACUGACAGGUGGAGAGCUAUU